AAGAAGCCUGUCAUCUUCAUCAUGGCGGACUCAGAGCAGCAGCCAGGAUCCACUCCUGAAGAUGAGGCGUCUGACGCUGCAGCCGGACUCACCUUUGUGGUGCCGAAGAAAGAGAUCAGCAUGGUGCCUGACAUGGGGAAGUGGAAGCGAUCUCAGGCCUACGCUGACUACAUGGGCUUCAUUCUGACUCUGAAUGAAGGUGUGAAGGGGAAGAAAGUCACCUGUGAAUACAAAGUGUCUGAGACUGUAGAGAAACUGGUAGAUGUUCUGGCCACUAUGGACCGGUGGAUAGACGAGACCCCGCCUGUGGACCAGCCCUCACGCUUCGGGAACAAGGCCUACAGGACCUGGUUCUCCAAGCUGGACCAGGAAGCAGAGGCUCUGGUGUCCUCGGUCCUCCCUGCAGACAGAAUGGCAGCAGCUCCAGAGAUCGCGGUCUACCUGCGAGAGUCUGUGGGGAAUCCCAUCAGGAUAGACUACGGGACAGGACACGAAGCGGCCUUCGCAGCGUUCCUCUGCUGCCUCUGUAAGGUCGGCGCUCUCAGGGUCGACGACCAGCUCGCUAUCGUCUUCACAGUUUUCAAGAAGUAUCUGUCAGUGAUGAGGAAGCUGCAGAGGACCUAUCGGAUGGAGCCUGCAGGCAGCCAGGGUGUGUGGGGGCUGGACGACUUCCAGUUCCUGCCCUUCAUCUGGGGAAGCUCCCAGUUUGUAGAUCAUCCCACACUGGAGCCGCGGCACUUCAUCGACGAGAGGGUGGUGAACGAGCACCACCAGGACUACAUGUUCCUGGAGUGCAUCAAGUUCAUCAACGAGAUGAAGACAGGCCCGUUCGCUGAACACUCCAACCAGCUGUGGAACAUCAGCGCCGUUCCUUCCUGGUCCAAAGUCAACCAGGGUCUGAUCCGAAUGUACAAGGCUGAGUGUUUGGAGAAGUUUCCGGUGAUCCAGCACUUCAAGUUCGGCAGCCUGCUGUCCAUCCAGCCGGUGCAGCCGUGAUGGAGUCGACCAAAACCCCAACAAUCAUCCAGCCCAACAUGCUCGCUCCUCCUCCAUAGCCUGCCCGUACGUAGCACACACACACACACACACACACACACACACACACAUUGACACACACUCACACAAAAGAUGGAGACGUCACAACCUUCAGGCUCACGUCUCCAGAUUCUGGACUGUCUUCAUGUUAUUUAUGUCCUGGAUGGAGUUCGAUUGUUUUUUCUGUGAUGAAGUAUUUCUUUCUUCUCCUUUUUUUUUUAAAUUGACCUCAGAGAUCUUUCUUUCUUCUGUUGUAUUCCUCUUUUCUUUUUUUUUUUAAGGUUUGCUUUAAAGGCCAAAUGUUCUUUUUUUGUGCAAAUGAACCAAUAAUUACAUCAAUCCAAAUACACAGGUUACAUCAGUAAUGAAUUGUAAAACAGCUGUUUGAAGUGCUUUUACGCUGUUGAACCGGUGUGGAGUUUCCUCUCAGAAAGUGCAUGAGAUUUUUGGUUUGACCCUAACGACUCGCCGCCGGAGCGUCUCCACUCGAGAGCAUGAUGUAAAUUGCAGAACACGAUGUAAAUUGACAAUAAAUGAUGAAUGAGUUCAUGGGCUUGUGCUGUGCAGGUUUUUCCUCAAACGUUUCUCCCUUCAGAGACUUUAUUAAUAUUUUUUUUUUACCGUGCUUCAGAAUGACUCUGCAGUGGUGAAGUCUUGUCUUUUUCUUGGCGUUGCUGUCUUCAUUACAUUUGGCUUGUGCUUUUAAUUUAAUAUAGAAAAAAGCUAUUUUUGUGACCCAAAAUGACCUGGUUUAAUAAAUUUCUCCACUU